AUGGGGCGCACUGGCACUCGGCGGCGAUACCACGAUGAUGGGAUCUCGGACGAAGAGAUCGAUGGACGCAGGAUGUUUGAUCUGGAAGAAAAAGUCCACAGUCAAAGGUUCAACUCCAGUCGUGUGGUUCGGAUGAAAGGGAAAGAUUUUACUUAUGAGUACGUCCAGAGACACGGCCUGCGAGACCCCAUCAUCUUUGAGAGGCCUGAUGGACUGGGAAUCAAGAUGCCAGAGCCUGAUUUCAAUGUCAACGAUGUCAAGUUGUUUGUUGGCAGCAGGCGCAUGAUCGACGUGAUGGAUGUGAGCACUCAGAAAGGCACAGAGAUGUCCAUGGCUCAGUGGACGCGUUACUACGAAACUCCUCCGUCUCAGAGAGAAAAGCUCUACAACGUCAUCAGCCUGGAGUUCAGCCACACCAAACUGGAGAACCUCGUGAAGAGACCCACCACCGUAGAUCAGAUUGACUGGGUCGACACCAUGUGGCCGCGUCAUUUGAAAGAAAGACAACGAGAUUCAACAAACUCCAUCAACGACAUGCAGUAUCCCAAAGUACAGAAAUAUUGUUUGAUGAGCGUUGAAGGCUGCUACACAGAUUUUCACAUCGACUUUGGAGGAACCUCGGUCUGGUACCACAUCCUCAGAGGAAGCAAGGUGUUUUGGCUGAUUCCGCCGACGCCGCCGAACCUGGAGCUGUACGAGAACUGGGUGCUCUCCGGGAAACAGGGCGACGUGUUUUUGGGCGACCGAGCCACCGACUGUCAGCGCAUCGAGCUCAAGCAGGGCUUCACUUUCUUCAUCCCAUCAGGCUGGAUCCAUGCAGUGUACACUCCCGUGGACUCGAUGGUUUUUGGGGGAAACUUUCUCCACAGCUUUAACAUCCCGACACAGCUCAACAUCUGCAACAUCGAGGACCGCACACGGGUGCCGGUGAAGUUCCGAUUCCCGUUUUACUACGAGAUGUGUUGGUACGUCAUGGAGAGAUACGUCUUCAGCUUGACCAAGACUUCGUACCUCACGCCGGAGUUUCAGCGGCACUCGUUAGGCAUCGGUCUGAAAAAACCUGCUGAUGCCGUAGACAUCCCUGAAGCGUCGGAGUCGAGUGAGGAGGAGGUGAGCUCAGACAAGCUUUACCUGACGCCGCUGGAGAUGGAGGGACUGUGGAACCUGCUCGGGAAACUGGAGUCUCUGCCCACGAACAAGAAGUGUGUGCCCUCAGGGAUCCACAACGCCCCGGCCCUCAUCACGCACCUCAAGGCUCUACUCAAAGAACACGCCAACGACGCUCCCAAACUCUCCUACAAUGGGAAACCUAUUGUCAAGUGGUCGAAGAGGCCCUCGUGGUACCAGCCUCCCCCUCCUCCCCCACCUCCCCCUCGACCCAAACUGGCCACGACCCCCAUCAUCCCUCGGCCCCCGAAACCGGCUUCGUCCAUGUCCGUGCUCAGACGCCGCAGAGUCCGGUGUAAGCGCUGUGAGGCCUGUGUGAGGACGGAGUGUGGAGAAUGUAACUUCUGCAGAGACAUGAAGAAGUUCGGAGGUCCAGGGAAACUAAAGCAGACCUGCGUGCUGCGCCAGUGCCUCUCCCCCGGUCUUCCUCUGUCUGCCGUGUGUGACGUGUGCAAAGACUCCAACCAGGAAGAUGAAGGACUCUCGCUGAUGGAGUGCUCCAACUGUGGCCAAAUCGUGCACCCGUCCUGUCUCCGGGUAUCUGGGGAGGGAGUGAUCAACAACGACUUGCCGAGCUGCUGGGAGUGUCCCAAAUGUGUCCAAGGCCUCACUGACGACUUGAAAGACAAAGGAGACUGCCUCCCUUCGAAGCGUAAAUCGUCCUCCCUCCUUGACGCUCGAAUGGCAAAGAUUUACCGGCAGCACAGACACAGCCGAGACGGAGAGGAUUCCGGCAGCGACGAUGAUGAUGACGAAGGUUCUCGUGGUCGGAGGCUGCUCCAUGGCCGCAGCAGCGCGGCGCGCAGAGGCCCCGGCUCAGGCCGCAGGGGGCUGCAGCGCGGGGGCCACAGGGGGAGCCGUGGAGCUGUGCCGGCACGCAGAGGUCUGAGGGAGGGAGGGAAGAGAGGGCGAGGGGUGAGGCUGAGGGGCGGGAGCAGAGUGCAGCGCAGAGGAGACGACUCUGAGGAGAGCGAGGACGACGACGACGAUGAGGACGACGAAGACGAUGAAGACGACGAGGACGAAGAGGAGGAGGAGAGCGAAGACGGAGAGAAGCCACGAGCACGACACAAACGCAGGAGGCGCCGCACGGACGACGACGAGGACGACGACAGCGAUGGGGCCGACCUGGACCCGGAGGACGAGGACUUGGACUCUCUGGAGGAGGAGGGGGAGGGCCAGUGGGACUUGGACCCGGAGCCUCCGGUUCUACUCAUGUCCGACUUCAGCGACGAGAUCCUGGGCGGAGCCUGUCUCAGCGUGACCGUCCAGACGCCGCACAGAGGGCCGAAGCAGAGCGGUUCAAUGGUCCCGAAGUUGGAGGCUCGAGCAGGUGGACACAGAAAACCCCCCAAAUCAUUGAAAAAGUCCGACACCACAGACACCCCCAAAGGACCAGGAAGGCCUCGUGUCGGAGGAAAGCGUGACCCCAAAGGCCACUCCUCGUCCGAUGAUGACCCCGCCACCGCCGCCGCCGCUCUGUCCAUGUCGCCGCCUUCUCUCCUCUCACUGCCUUCCUUUAAGGACGUCGGGAACGAGAAGGGAGGAGACAAGGAGCUGUGGGUCUCUGUGUUCAAGUAUCUGAGCCGAGCCGAACUCCUGAGCUGCAUGCUGGUCUGCAAGGCCUGGUACAAGUGGAGUUGCGACAAGCGUCUCUGGACACACAUGGACAUCAGCCGCUGCUCCCCGCUCAGUAACCAGGCUUUAGCCGGGAUUGUGAAGAGACAGCCCUGUGCCCUGGACCUGUCCUGGACUCCUGUGGCCAAGAGACAGCUCACCUGCCUCCUCACCAGACUCCCAGGUCUGCGUGAGCUCCGUGUGGCCGGUCUGCCGUGGUCGUGCCUCUCCGCUCUCGUCUGCCCCACGCUGCCCUGUCUGCGGCUGCUGGACCUGCGCUGGUGCGAGGGCAUCAAAGACGCUCAGCUCAAAGAGAUCAUCCUUCCUCCAGACCUGGAGUCGUCACGCAGCAGACUGAGGAACAUGGUGGAGCUCCGGGUCUCGGGUCUGGAGGUGUCGGACUCAGUGCUGAGGCAGAUCCAGCGCCACAUGCCGCAGCUGCAGACUCUGGACCUGGCUCACUGCAAAGACGUCAGCGACUCGUCCAUCGCCAUGCUGACGGCGUCCGGGACACACACGCGCCACAACCUCAGCGAGCUCACACUCUCAGGCUGUGAUAAGUUGACGGACGGCUGCCUCUCGUACCUGAAGCGUCUGUCGUCUCUGUCGCUGCUGGACCUCAGAGGCUGCUCCCACAUCAGCAGAAGAGCCUGCGACGUCUUCAUCUCAGACCUGUCCCACACGGCUCUGUUCUGUAUGAUGGAGGAGAAGCUCAUACAGCGGCUGGACUGA